GCCACUUUCAACCGCUCUCGCACGCUCCUAUGCCGACAGUGUUUUGUUUUAAUCCUAAGUAACAUUUUAUUGACUUUGUGUAAGGUACUUUAGUGUUUGUGAUGAAUAGUGUCUGAUUUUCAUUUGUGUGAAAUGUUUGCUUGGACUUUUUGCGGUGUGAAAAUGAACGGGGCGCAGCUAUGGCUGGCUCUAGCGGCAGUUCAGGCUCUAAUAUUGGCGAUUAACUGCGUUAAACCACAUCGACGGUCCAUGCCCACACAACAGUCUCUACCAUUGACAAAAGGUGGUUGGAGACCAGUAGUCGGUUCUGGCGGUUUUGUUUUUGGAUAUGGAACAGCGCCAUUACACGCGCCAUCUUAUAAAAUACCCGUACCAGUUUACGAUCCAUAUCCUUCAUCGGCACGUCCGCUUUCAACGAGAGAUGCGACGAAACUGACGUCGAUAGCGCAAUCUUACCGCCCCACUACGAUUCGGGCAAUCCCUGCCGGCGGCGGAUCAUACCCCGCUGCCAGCCAGCCAAUAAAUAGUUACUUAAAUCCAUUCGCACUACCCUCAAAUGGAUUAACUCAUUACAAAUACGUCCAAAACUUCCCGGCUGAGAGUGUCAUCAUUCGAAACCCGCACAACCCGUACGCUGCGAGACCAGUUUAUACGAAAUACCCGACUAAAUUCAAACAACAGUAUCCCAUGCAGCAAUUGACUAAUGUGCAACCUAUUCAAUUUGGACAACCUACUUCAAGGCCGUUGGAUGGCUACGGAAAACCUGCGGAUGCAUACGCAAGACCCGAAAAGAAACCCUCUGCUUCAGCUGACAUCGAAACAUAUAAGCCUGAAGUUUACAAGCUUCCUGAUAACGAUCCCGCAUCACAAUCUGUGACUCAACAAGUGAAGACAGCUCAACAAUCACUAGUAACCCCUAAAGUACCAACCAAUCCUUUCCCGCAGUAUGCGUACCAAGACCCUAUUUUACCACCGAGCAUUUUAGGAACGUUUAACUCGUUUGGUCUGCAUUCAAUAAAAGGAAGAGAUCCCCUUUUCCCGACUAGGACCACCUAUUAUCCUCCGCAAACGACUAAACAGACCCUAUUUAACUCGUUUAGUUUCGCUCCAAACUUCAAAACUACACCCAACGUAAUAUUUUCAACUACACCAAAAUUGCAGACAACAGCGAAUCAGGUACACUUCGGAUCAAAUUGGAACGUUCCCACACUAGCACCCAAACUGGCUGCUCCUGAAAAGAUCGAUCCUAACAAUAGCAAGGGAACGUUUAAAGCCAGUCCGCAAGACCCUUUCGUUAAUAAAUACAGUGGGAACUAUAAAGUGUCUACUUACAACCCAACUGUUCAAACAACAACGUUUGCAUACAAUAACUUCCAUGAAUACAAAUAUCCAUCGCAACAGAAUACACAGAUACAACUGCAGACCAAUCACUAUAAUCAGUUACAACAACAACAGCAACAAGAGGCACCAGCGAAGAAGAAGCAAAAGAUUCACGAUAGUCUCGCCCAAUUAACCAACCAACAAACUUCACAGCAAUACGUCAGUCCACCUAAAGGAGAAGGACUAGAAAGCACACCAAAUUCAGUGCCAUUCCGAGCUACCUACGAAGUAACCGAGUUAUACGACGCCGGCGUAACACACAUUUCGUCCCCUGCUUCUUGGUCUGCGACACCUGAAAGUCAGAAGACUGCUGAAGAAGCAGUCACAAAACAGGAGUAUGACACCGCCUACAGUAAACCGCCCACACCUUUGCCGGAUCUUCCCGAAGAGUACGCCAUCGUGACAGAAGGAGAAAAGGGCCAUGAAAACUCUUUGAGCUACGACGGUCAAGUCGAAACCCAAAGCAGGCGGCCUCUAGGCGACGACUUCGAACCGAUUGGCAAACACAAACUAAAGGAAUACUAUUACAGAGUGUCGACUCCCAGUUACGACGACCACCCUGCGCGAAGAACGAAGAAGCCGACCGAAUCGUCUAAGUUUUCCGCUCCAGAAGUAACAACCUACUUUAAUAAAGAUUAUGAAUUAUCCGUGGAACCUCUUCCUACAUUGCCUCCAAAUAAGCAUUUCAAACGACCAGUCAGUACUGCGGAACCUCCUACCGAAAGGGAUAGAGGUCGUAAGAGGAAUAAGUUAAGGAGACGCCGCCCACCUCUAGCCAAUAUCAACCGCGAUCAUGACUCCAGUAUACACAGGCAUGUCUCGUCGACCGAACCCAAUAACGAAACUCAUACUAUUAGAGCUAGAGUACGACCAGCUCAAGUAAAAGCAGAAUCGACAACUCCCACGGUCAUUACGGAUUUGAGUACUAGCGCUGUACCGACAGUCUCACCAACAUCCCCAACUAUAGUGAAAAAAAAGUUAGUCCACCGUCGUCCACACACAACUACUACAACAGAGAAGGCGGAAAUAACUACCUCAUAUAAAGAAUACGACUCUAAUAAGGAAUCUCCAAUUAUGAAAAUAUCGGCAUCAUCUCGACCUUAUUUGCCUAAAAUUUCAUCGACAGGUUUUGAAUAUCAAUCCAGUGCCGUCCCAGAUUACAGUCAUAAGCAGGAUGAAAAAGACACUCCUACGAGUGAUAUCGCUGUAAAUCUCAGUGAUGCGCUAAGGACUACGAGCAAAACGGAAGUAAUCAAACCUUCUAAGAAUUUCUCUUUCCAUAGAGAUGCUAAACCUAUUGAAGCUAAAUUGGAACCAGUGCGAGAACUCACAACUGAAAGGAUUAAAGAAAGCAGUGAAGUCAAUGAUGUGACGACCACGAUUCGAAUUGAAACUACAUCCAACUCAGGAAAAAUAAUAAGACCAAGGUUAAAAAAUAAAUAUAACAGACCAAACUUUAACGUCAAAGAUUACAGAAACCGUUUAAGCUCAACGACAAGUACCACGGACAAACCCGCCGAAUCAAACGUGCCUAAAAUUAGAUUCCCUCAAAGGAGAAUACCGGUCAGCGAGAAUGAAACAACAAGUGAACGAAAGAAGUUUACUCCAAAAGACCCGAGGCAAAAAUCGAAUGCCUCUGAAGUCAAUGACCAGACGGAAAAGGAGAUUCAUUCCAUCAGGCCAAAUAGAAACAGGCAGACGAUUGAACCUACCGAAGGCACAACGCAGAAGAUAUCUUCUCGAAUCCGAAAUGGAUCACGUAGACCAAAACCUACUGAUGCAGAACAAAUCACUGAGACUUCCAGCCCUACAACAGACCGCAAAAGAAUUUUAAGAAAAAAGAUUAAAGAUUCAGAACAUGGCGAGUCUGUACAAGACGUCAGUGUAACAGAAUCUGCAAGUGGUAGUGAUAUUACUUCAGAGAGGACGCGAUCAGAAAGUGCUAUUAUGAAAAUAGCUGACAAGAAACAUCACGAUCAUAUUGAGAACCUUUUCGAACACUCAAAGAGAGUGUCAGAUUUGACGUUGGCUGCGAGCAAAGAUUACAACACCCCUGGAAUGUUCAAGACUGUUUCGACAAGUAGCAGAAGAAUACCUAAUUAUUUCACAAUAGCUACAGACGAUCCCAUUCUUCCUAUAGAAGCAUUCUUUCCGCAAAUCAACCAGAAGAAGGAAUCGUAAAGUUCCUAUUUAAAAAUUAAGCUUUCUCCAACCAAAUUCUUUUAGACUGCCAAAGUAAAACUGUAGAUUAGAAGAAAUAAGUACUUUGAAAAAUAAUCCAUGCAAAGGUAUGAGAGUCGAUGACGAUAAAGUAUGUAUUUUAUGCAUAAAUGAAAGGAAAUUAAUAAAAACCAAGAAGUCAUAAUAGAAACUUACGUAGGCAUAGGAAGAUUGAUGAAUUUCGAUUUUCGGUUCUAUUUUCCAUAUAUGUACAGUCUUAGAGCAAUGCUCUAAUUGUACAGUGCCACUAAUUUUAUAAUUCCUAUGGUAUUGCUCCAUAAAUAUUUCAUCACAUGAGAAAGUCAAUCUUAAAGAUAUAAAACGUGCAGGUAUCAACAGCUUUUAGAGUAGUUUUGAGUAGUUUCGCCUGUUAAAUAAAGUCUGUAGUUUUCAUUGACGUACAAUUAUAUGGACGUCGAGUCCGCACUAAAGUGUCCGAACUUAUAGGGCGUUAAAAUCGUAUACAGAGCGUCAUUCACGCUUUAGUCUUCGUUUGUUCGAUUGACAGCGAAGCAAGC